AUGAAUAUAUCAGAUUUAGUAGUUAAUCUAUCACACUUAAUAUUAAAUAAAAUAAUCAGUAAUUUAGAUCAAAACAUUGACAGAAUAUGUUUUAGUUUAGUUUGUAAGAGAUGGUUCAAUGAUAGAGAUAAAUACUUAAUGUUUAACAGAGAUAAUAUAUGUAUCAAUGCUUCUCCAAAUAACUACGAUAUCCAACUAAAUCAUAAACAUUUCCAAUUGCCUUCAUAUAAUAAGAUCUAUCUGAAAUCGAUUCAAACAAAGACUGAUUGUUCACUUUAUAUUGGAUAUAAAGAUAAUCAAACAAAGUUUCGACACGAUUUCUAUUAUGAUGAUGUUAGAAAUCUAAAUAGUAUUCCAGGUAAAAUAUCGACGAUCUCUGUUGUUUGUCAAACAAUAUCAGAUAGUGACUUGGAGUAUCUUCAUCGAUUGUUGAAUGAAUCACAAUCAGUAACAAGAUUGAUUGGAUGUCACACAUUGAAAUAUGGAUUACCAAAUACAAUCAAGAGACUCUCAUUCCGCAAUGGAUACAAUGAAAAACUAGUUCAAGGAUCACUUCCAUCUUCUUUAAAGAUUAUAGAUUUCGGUGCUCAUUUCAACCAAGAGAUUCAACCAGGUGUACUUCCAGAGGGUCUACUAGAAUUCCAUAUGAACUCGAAUUAUAAACAUGAAUUUCAACCAGGAGUGUUCCCAUCAUCUCUAAAGAACUUGGUUAUUACAAACCAUUUUAUGCCAAUCAAAGUUGGAGUACUUCCGGCACACCUUGAAUGUUUAGAAUAUACUGAUGAUUCUACAACAGUAUUGGAAAAUAUUUUACCUAAAUCGCUAAAUUCUCUACUGAUUAGAGCACCAAUUACAAGUUUCAGAGGAUUGUCAGUGCUCCCAGAUCUUCAAAUGCUUUUUAUAUUUCAAAAAAGUGACGAAAAAUCUAUAUUGAAUCUAAAUGAGCUCCCACCGACCAUUAGAGAAAUAGAAUUAAGACAAACUAGAUUGACAGGAGCAAUGCCAUCUUCAAUAGCUAAACUCACUCUUUGCGAUUGUGAAUUUCAGAUCAACGAAAUAUUCCCAGAAACAUUGCAAUACCACUUGGAAUUCCUCAGUUUAAUAGGAGAAAUUGCUAUCGGAAUUCCAUCGAACCUAAAGAUUGUUAAGUUGGCAGUGUACGCAUCGUCGAACGAACCAAUCAUUUCACUAUCACCAGAAAUAGAAUCAAUCUACCUAAGUGGCCAAUUAAACAAUGAAAAAGAACAUCUACUCGAUUGUAGUGGUGGUGAUGGUAAUCGAGGUGUUGGUGGCACAUCCGAUAAACCUGUAUUAUUAAGAGAGGUGCGUCUUCCGUUUUUCAAAAAAGUAAAACCAAAUUUUAAACUACCAAACACAGUCGAACUGUUAGAUGUUGGUAUGAAUGAUCUCAAUGAUAUAUUACCGGUGGUUCCUUCAACAAUAUUUAUAAUGGAGAGGAGUAAUCAAAUAGAUAAAAUUUUCGUUAAUCUAUCACAUUUAAUAUUAAAUAAAAUAAUAGGUUGUUUAGAUGAAAACAUUGACAGAAUAUGUUUUAGUUUAGUUUGUAAGAGAUGGUUCAACGAUAGAGAUAAAUAUUUAAUAUUCAACACUGAUAAUAUCAAUAUUAACUCUAAUAAUAAUAAUGAUAUUACUCAAAAUCAUAAACAAUUCAAGUUACCUUCGUAUAAUAACAUCUUUAAUAAAUCGAUUCAAUCAAAGACUGAUUGUUCACUUUUUAUUGGAGCAACCAGAUUUUUAUUUGGUGAAUACGAUUUUUAUUAUGAUAAAUAUACAGACUUGAAAAGUAUUCCAUCAUAUAUUUCAACGAUCGGCUCAACAGAUGAAAGUACAGACCUAGAGUAUUUCUAUCAAUUACUAUUGGAAUCACAAUCAGUAACAACAUUGAAUGGAUGCCACACACUGAGAUAUGGAUUACCAAAAACAAUCAAAACACUCUCUUUCAGCUAUAGAUUCAAUGAAUUGCUUGUUAAAGGAUCACUCCCAUCAUCUUUAGAAGUUCUUGGUUUUCAUAAUUCUUUUAAGCAAGCGAUUCAAGCAGGUGUACUUCCAGAAGGUUUACUCGAAUUCAACUUGUACAGCAUCGAAUAUCAAUCUGAUCUUCAACCAGGAGUGUUCCCAUCAUCUCUCAAGACCUUAAAUCUUUUUUAUUAUAGGAAUACUAUUAAAGCUGGAGUACUUCCAGAGAACCUUGAAUGCUUGUAUUAUUCUGGUGAAUGUACAUCAUUGAAAGAUGGAGUAUUACCUAAAUCCUUAAAGAAACUUGUGAAUGUGCCAAUGACAUGGUUACAAGCAAUAUCAUCACUUCCAAAUCUUGAAAUCAUUCAUUUUUUUCAAUUUAAAAAAGUUAUAUCAACAUUCAAUCUCGACUUAUUACCACCAUCUUUAAAGGUUCUCAAAUUCAAGCAAUUUAAGUUGAUAGGAACAAUGCCAACAUCAAUCAAAUCACUAUGCAUUGUUGAAUGUGAAUUUCAGUUUGAAGAAAUAUUCCCAGAAACAUUACAAUAUCACUUUGAAUCUCUCCAAUAUUUAAGCGAUAAGAUUCUUUCGAUUCCACCCAACGUAAAGAUCGAUAAGUUGAUAAUAGAAGGAUCCAUUGAUCAGGAAAAUUGUUCACUUUCACUUCCAUCUGGAAUCACUUCAAUCAGAUUAGAUAUGACAUUGGACCAAGGAGAUGGUUUUUUAAGAAUCGAUGGAAAUGAUCAAACAACUCUGAAAGAGCUACGACUUCCAUAUUUUGAUUUCCAACCACGUGCAUUCAUACCAAACACCAUUAAAGAGUUGGAUAUUGGUGACAAUUCACUUAUUUAUUCUUUAGAUUUGAUCAAAUCAAUCGAUUCAAUCAAAACACUUAUGCUUUCGAAAUUUCCAAAAAUUGAAAUCAUAUCACCAGAAUCUUUCAAAACAAUCAACAAUAUCAUCUAUACUGAAGAAAGCAAUAGUAAUAUUGUUAUUUACAGAAAGUUAGACGAUAAUUAUUAUUUAAUUCUAUUCCUUUAA